CACGGCGGCGAUUUGGCGGUGGCUGCCGGCGACUGCGGGGCGGGGUCCCAGGUUCGAGCCAGAGGCCCGGGGGGAAAAGGGUGAGCCUGGAACCCCCAGGAAGUCCCCUGGAGGGAAGCGGCCGGCGGGAGGUGCGCUUGGCAGGGGUGGAUAGGAACACCCGCUGCCUCGUGACUGGUCGAUGCCUGGUGGGUGCGCAUCGCGGUUGCCGCUCCUGCCCCCCUGCCAGCGAGGUUUCGAGUGUUUUGGGGGGGGGUGUUUUGGGUGGGGUUGGUGCUGGCCUCCUGGGUGCAGACGUCGCUCCUACUGCAACUGCAAAGCUGGCUCUGCACCCAGCGGAGAAGGAAGGAGGAAAUGGGCACACACACCCCCCAAUCCCAUCCCCACAGUAUUUUCUCAAAUGCUAACAUAUAAAAAUAGCGAAAACCUAACAAAGUAGCUACUGCACGCCAGACCCCGAGCUGAGCGCUUUCCCUGCCUCGUCUCAUUGAAUCCUCCCAACACCCCUUUGAGGGAGAGACUGCUUGCUAUACGCCUACUUUCCAGACGAGGAAACACUCAGAGGGGAGCUGAUUCCUGAGGAAUCUGACCUUGUGCAUGACAUUAUCUUCUUCCCAUCACUGUUUAUCUUAAAACUGGAGAUCAUGGAGGCCUGAGCCCUGGGCCUGGCUCUGGAAAAGUCCCACAGCUGGAUUGAGGGGAGAGUGGAAACACAACCCCUCCUAGGCGCGGGGCUGUGCUGUGGGGAUGUGACAGCCUUCUUUGCAUGACAAUGCUCUCAGCAUCUUCAUUUUCCAACCGGGAAACUGAGGCCCAGUGUGGCUAAGUGACUUGCCUGAGUUGACACGGGGAGAGCCAGGAUUCGUCCCCUGGUCUGUCUGACCACAGCCAAGCCAGCUGUCAAAAGCAUGCCUCUGUGCCAUUCGGGUGCCACCACCAGGGACAGCAGGCCUGAUGGCGAUGAAGCUCAGCCCCUGGCCACCAGGGGAGGCCUGAAGGUCCUUCUGCACUGGGCUGGCCCUGGUGGCGGGGACCCAUGGGUCACCUUCAGCGAGGCCACACUGACCGCAGAGGAUGUCUGCAUCCACAUUGCACACAAAGUCGGCAUCACUCCGUCCUGCUUCAAUCUCUUUGCUCUCUUCGAUGCCGAGGCCCAGGUCUGGCUGCCUCCAAACCACGUCUUGGAGGUCUCCGGAGACAUGAAUCUGACCUUGUACUUCCGCAUGAGGUUUUAUUUCCGGAACUGGCAUGGCACAAAUUCUCAGGAGCCGGCUGUGUACCGCUGUGGGCCCACAGGGACCAAGUCCUCCUCAGAACAAGCAGAGCAGGGGGUGCAGCUACUGGACCCAGCCUCCUUUGAAUACCUCUUUGAGCAGGGCAAGCAUGAGUUUGUGAAUGACGUGGCGUCACUGUGGGAUCUGUCGAGCGAGGAGGAGAUCCACCAUUUUAAGAACGAGAGUCUGGGCAUGGCCUUUCUGCACCUCUGCCACCUUGCUCUCUCCCAUGGCAUCCCCCUGGAGAAGGUGGCCAAGAAGAUCAGCUUCAAGGACUGCAUUCCACGCUCCUUCCGGCUGCAGAUCCGGCGGCACAACGCGUUGACCCGGCUGCGUCUGCGGAGCAUCUUCCGCAGGUUCGUGCGGGCCUUCCAGCCGGGCCACAUCUCUCAGCAGGUCAUCAUGGUCAAAUACCUGGCCACACUCGAGCAGCUGGCGCCCCGCUUCGGCACGGAGCGCGUGCCCGUGUGCCACCUGGAGCUCCUGGCCCAGGCCAUGGGGGAGUCCUGCUACAUCCGGGACAGUGGGCAGGCCCCUCCAGAGCCUGAGCUGGCCACCGGACCCCCCACUCAUGAGGUGCUGGUGACAGGCACUGGUGGCAUCCAGUGGCGGCCAGUACAGGCAGAGAGUCCCAGAAGCAACGGCAGCAGCAAGAAUCGCCAUGCUGACCCAUUUGGGAAGAAAACCAAGGCCGGAGAGGUGGGUGACCAGCCAGUGGACAGGCCUCAGGAAGAGCCAUGGGUCUACUUCUGUGACUUCCAGGAUAUCACCCACGUGGUGCUCAAGGAACGCCACAUCAGCAUCCACUGUCAGGACAACAAGAGCCUGGAGCUGACCCUGCCUUCCCGGGCCAUGGCCCUGUCCUGGGUGUCGCUGGUGGACGGCUACUUCCGCCUGACAGCUGACUCAAGCCACUACCUGUGCCAUGAGGUGGCCCCUCCACGACUAGUGAUGAGCAUCCAGGAUGGUAUCCAUGGACCCUUGAUGGAGCCCUUUGUGCUGGCCAAGCUGAGGUCUGAGGAUGGCCUCUACCUCAUCCACUGGAGCACCAGCCACCUCAACCGCCUCAUCCUGACGGUGGCCCAGCGGGACCAGAGCCCGGGCACACAGCGCUUGCACCUGCGUAAAUUCCCCAUUGAGCUGCAGGCCGGGGUCUUCAGGCUGGAGGGCUGGGACCGGUCCUUCCCCAGCGUGCGGGAGCUGCGAGCCGCCCUGCAGGGCUGCUCCCUGCGCGCCGGCGAUGACUGCUUCUCCCUGCGCCGCUGCUGCCUGCCUCGGCCGGGAGAGAUCUCUAACCUCAUCAUCAUGCGGGGGCCCCGGGCCGUCACAAGUUCACCCAACGUCAGCCAGCUCAGCUUCCACCGGAUCUGCCAGGCUGAUGUCACCCAGCUGUCCCACCUGGGCCAAGGCACGAGGACCAAUGUGUAUGAGGGCAUGUUACGAGUGGGGGCAAGAGCCCCCAAGGAGGGCGCAGCGGACGGUGAGGACCCCCCCACACCCAGUGAGGACUCUGGGCUGGAGCUCCGAGUGGUACUCAAGGUGCUAGACCCUAGUCACCACGACAUCGCCCUGGCCUUCUACGAGACAGCCAGCCUCAUGAGCCAGGUCUCCCAUGUGCACCUGGCCUUCGUACACGGCAUCUGCGUGUAUGGCUCUGAGAACAUCAUGGUGACAGAGUACGUGGAGCACGGGCCCCUGGACGUGUGGCUGCGGCGAGAGAAGGGCCACGUGCCCGUGGCCUGGAAGGUGGCAGUGGCCCAACAGCUGGCCAGCGCCCUCAGCUACCUGGAAGACAAGAGCCUGGUUCACGGUAAUGUGUGUGGCCGGAACAUCCUGCUGGCACGGCUAGGGCUGGCAGAGGGCACCAGCCCCUUCAUCAAGCUGAGUGACCCCGGUGUGGGCUUGGGUGCCCUUUCCAGAGAGGAGCGGAUCGAGCGGAUACCCUGGAUAGCCCCCGAGUGCCUGACUGGCGGGGCCAACAGCCUAACCACUGCGGCCGAUAAAUGGGGCUUCGGUGCUACCCUCCUGGAGAUCUGCUUCGACGGGGAGGCCCCCCUGCAGGGCCGUGGCCCCUCCGAGAAAGAGUGCUUCUACCAGAAGCAGCACCGGCUUCCUCAGCCCUCCUGCCCGGAGCUGGCCACACUCAUCAGCCAGUGCCUGACCUACGAACCAGCUCAGCGGCCCUCCUUCCGCACCAUCCUGCGUGACCUCACUCAGCUGCAGCCCCAGAAUCUUGCUGACGUCUUGGCUGUGAACCCCGACUCACCUGCAUCAGAUCCCACCGUCUUCCACAAGCGCUAUUUGAAAAAGAUCCGGGAUCUGGGCGAGGGCCAUUUCGGCAAGGUCAGUCUGUAUUGCUACGACCCAACCAAUGACGGCACUGGCGAGAUGGUGGCGGUGAAGGCCAUCAAGGCCGGCUGCGGCCCCCAGCUCCGCACCUGCUGGAGGAGGGAGAUAGACAUCCUGCGGACGCUCCAUCACAAGCACAUCGUCAAAUACAAGGGCUGCUGUGAGGACCAAGGAGAGAAGUCGGUGCAGCUCGUCAUGGAGUACGUGCCCCUGGGAAGCCUACGAGACUACCUGCCCCGGCACAGCGUCGGACUGGCCCAACUGCUUCUCUUCGCUCAGCAGAUCUGUGAGGGCAUGGCCUACCUUCACGCACAGCACUACGUGCAUCGAGACCUGGCUGCCCGCAACGUGCUGCUGGACAACGACAGACUGGUCAAAAUCGGGGACUUUGGCCUAGCCAAGGCUGUGCCCGAAGGCCACGAGUAUUACCGCGUGCGCGAAGAUGGGGACAGCCCCGUGUUCUGGUAUGCCCCAGAGUGCCUGAAAGAGUGUAAAUUCUACUAUGCAUCCGACGUCUGGUCCUUCGGGGUCACCCUGUACGAGCUACUGACCUACUGUGACUCCAGCCAGAGCCCCCCCUCGAAAUUCAUCGAGCUCAUAGGCCUCACCCAGGGGCAGAUGACGGUGCUGAGGCUCACAGAGCUGCUGGAACGAGGGGAGAGGCUGCCCCGGCCAGAGAAAUGUCCUUAUGAGAUCUAUCUCCUCAUGAAGAACUGCUGGGAGGCAGAAGCUUCAUUCCGCCCCACCUUCCAGAACCUCAUACCCAUUCUCAAGACGGUCCAGGAGAAAUACCAAGGCCAGGCCGCCUCAGUGUUCAAUGUCUGCUGAAGCCUACCUGCAGCUCCCAGAGGGACUGGAGCAGGAGGCCCCCCUCCCCUGCCCCAAGGGCCUCCUCUCCCCCCAAGGAACCAAGAGGGAGAUGCUGGGCCUCACCACUCCCCGUGCCUUAUUUCAGUCUGGAGACCCCACAUCUGUGAACUGACUUUCCUCCUGUCUUCAUCCCCUUGGGUUGCCAUAACAAUACGACAGAUGGGGUGGCUUAUAGACAAAUUUAUUUCUCACGGUUCUGGAGGCUGGGAAGACCAAGAGCAAGGCGCCAGCAUAGUCACGUUUUGGUGAAGGCUGUCUUCUUGGUUCAUAGCCCACACCUUCUGGCCGUGUCCUCCCAGGGUGGGAGGGGGCUGGGGAUCUUUCUGGAGUCCUUUUAUACAGACACUUAUGAAGGCUCCACCCUCAUGAUCUAGCACCUGCCAAAGGCCCACCUCCUAAUACCAUCACAUCAGGUAUUAGGAUUUCAGUGGAGGAAUUUUUGAGCGGAAGGGCACCUGGGGGGCUCAGUCGGUUAAGCAUCUGCAUUCAGCUCAGGUCAUGAUCCCAGGAUCCUGGGAUUGGCUCUGCAUCAGGCUCCUUGCUCAGCGGGGAGUCUGCUUCUCCCUCUCUCUCUGUCUCCCUCUGCCCCUCCCCCUCCUAAUUCUCUCCCCCUCUCUCCCUCAAAUAAAUAAAUAAACUCUAAAAAAAAAAUAAGAACUUUGAAGGGAUGCAAACCUUCAAACUGUAGUGCCUUCCACAAUAUGAGCCUGAGAGGCCCAAGACAAGCAAGGACCUAAUCAGGCCCUUUAAUCCCAUCUUUCUGCCUCCCGCUCCAGCUCCUACCUGUAGGGCCCACCAUUUCCAUUAGCUGGUAAUAAACUCAUAUUUUCUCCGCUGGGGGCUGUGAUCCUGUUCAGCAAGUGUUUGCUUUCCUGGGGAUAGCACCUAGAGCAAGAUAGUGCAGAAGAAGCCAGGCUGAACUCUUCAACCUUUGCUCACCCCUGAAUCACCAGCUAGCGGGCCAGUACCAGAAGAUUCUCAGUGACUACUUCCUCAAUGAAGGAUGGAGGACUUGGGCAGGGGACACCACGUAGUGACUGAAUCUUGCCAGGUUCACCCUUUCCUCCCUGUGUGACUUCAAGCCAAUGGCUUUCCCACACCUUAGUUCUCAACUAUGAACUGGGGAGUGCUCAUGCUUGCUACCUCAGAGGACUAACGUAAAUAGCUCACGAAGGCCUUUGUGCGAAGCUUAGCAGGAAGACAUGCAAACAAUGUACUUAGUAAACACUUUAUACUAUUGUUAA